GACUUUAAGCCUCGCCAUAUUGAACAGCCUGAGGGAAAGGGGAAAAGUCUGUAUUCAGUCCUCUUCAUGUUGCGCAGAUAGUAACUUUUGACGCCCUACCCGUUUUUGUAAUCUUGUCAAAACGAUUGGUUUGUUGUCGUUGACUCUUGACGCAGUUUCCUAAUGGCGGAAACAAAGAUUAUUUACCACAUUGAUGAAGAAGAAACUCCCUAUCUUGUUAAACUUACAAUAUCUCCCGAUCAAGUUACCCUAGCCGAUUUCAAGAAUGUUCUCAAUCGUCCAAAUUACAAAUUUUUCUUCAAAUCAAUGGACGACGAUUUCGGUGUUGUCAAGGAAGAAAUUGUUGAUGACGAUGCUCACCUUCCAUGUUUCAAUGGAAGAGUCAUAUCAUGGCUAGUAUCUGCUGAAAGUAGCAUUUCAGACUCUGUAUCUCAAUGUGCUGAGAGUACUGCCACUACUGAUGGGAGACCACCAUCUUUCCACCCUGGCCAUAACAGAAGUAUGGCUGAGGAAUACACAACAGCUACUGAGACAGAAUCGGUCAUUAGUUCAAGACACAGUGAGAGGCACAUAUUGCCCCGCUCUGGCCGUGUGCAUCGUGAAACUUAUGAAAAAUAUGAUCGCUUUGAUGUUCAAGCUCCUCGAAAUGGCCACAACGCUAUGAGACACAGAGCUGGACACGAAUAUGAAUCCUCUUCUAUGAUCAGCUCGGAUUUAGAGUCCACCAGCUUCGUUGACUCUGAAGAAGAUGCAUCUUCACGUAUCACAACGACCACGGAUCACACUAGUGUGUCUCGCCAAGGUCGCAAUCGGAGACGUAAUCGUCGCCGUCCCCGCCUCCCUCCCCUUUCAUCUCGAGCUUCAUCAUUCUCCAGUAUCACGGAUUCCACUAUGUCACUCAACAUAAUCACUGUCACCCUCAACAUGGACACAGUCAACUUUUUAGGAAUUUCCAUCGUCGGCCAGAGUCAUCAAGGUGGUGAUGGUGGAAUUUACGUAGGAUCCAUAAUGAAAGGUGGGGCUGUCGCUUUGGAUGGUCGAAUCGAGCCUGGUGACAUGAUCCUUCAAGUCAAUGAUAUUAACUUUGAAAAUAUGUCAAAUGACGAUGCCGUUCGCGUUUUACGAGAAGUUGUCCAGAAACCUGGCCCAAUCAAACUUGUAGUCGCCAAGUGUUGGGAUCCUAAUCCAAAAGGAUAUUUCACUAUACCCCGUACGGAACCCGUUCGCCCUAUUGAUCCCGGUGCGUGGGUUGCUCACACGGAAGCAGCAAGAGGUGGAACACAGUACCCGAAUCGUCCGCCAUCUGUGGCGACGAUGUCGUCAACCACCACAACAAUGAUGUCAAGUAUGCCAGAAACCGAACGUCCAGUUGAAGAAGCCCAACCGCUUUCAGUGCGCUCAGACAUGCUCGCAAUUGUGCGAGCGAUGGCGCGCCCAGAUUCCGGACUUGAAGUUAGAGAUCGCCUUUGGUUAAAAAUUGUAAUUCCAAGUGCGUUUAUUGGAUCAGAAGUGGUCGACUGGCUUCACAAUCGCGUGCAAGGACUAGAAGAGCGGCGUGAUGCCCGCAAGUUGGCUUCCCAGCUUCUGCGAAACGGUUACAUCAGACAUACAGUAAACAAGUACACAUUCUCUGAACAAUGUUACUACGUGUUCGGAGACCUGUGUUUGGGUGUUUCGGCUCUUCGCCUGACUGAUGACACGACAUCGGAAGCCGAUAGAGACACGCUCGCACCGUUGCCGUUGCCGACUCCUUGGGGUAGUGGGCCUGGUGCUACAGGAGCCGGUGGGGCUACCCCUCACAUACCUUAUUAUCCAACCGGUUAUGCACCCAUGCCUUACAGCUACAGCAGUGAUCCCCUCGGAUCGGCGCCUGUACAAAGUACUACAUUUACGUAUGGAAGAGAAGGCAGCGUUCACAGUGGUUCAGGGAGCAGUGGAUCCGACGUACGCAGUGGACUGAUGGGUGGAGACAGAAGUCAACCACCUUCUCUGCUAGGCGCAGUAAAUCCCGUCGGACCAGGAAUCCAUGGGUCAUCCAGCAGCAGCGGUUCUAGUACGGGAAGCAGCGACGGGGAUUCUCAGAUAGCAGUGAACGUUCGGUCGAACGGUGGGCAAGGCGGGGCCGACCGGCCUUUGAAUCAAGUUCCGGAUGACAUGUCUGGAUCGAGACAGUCUUUUCGAAUGGCCAUGACAAAUCCAUGCCAGAUGAACGAGUACUUUGUCGACGUAAUGUGAUUGAUCAUUUUCUAGGUGUUAGCCGUUGCUUUGGGGAAGCGUAAGAUAAACUCUUCUUUCCUCACUCUUUUCCAUCUUGAUUUUCAAAGCUUAAAAACAACGUUUAAUCGAGUCGUAAUAAAUCGUGCCCUUCCCUCUGAUAGCUAUUCUGUACGGCCAAGACUUUUCAUAUUAUGCGGGCGGUUUAGUGUUUUCUCCUUGUAUUUACAUUUUUUAAAUAAUUGCUGCUUGUGAACGAAUUCUUUUCCUUCCCAAACUUCUUUCAUUAACUUUUUACAAGUUGACUCUUGUUCUGGUUGUUUUUACGUCAUCUUAUUUCUUCUGCCGUAGAUCAUUUAUUUUACCUUUUAAAAAUGUGAGAGAAAAAAGAAAGAAUCAUCUUGGUCCGGUAGCUCAAACCAGCUAAUGACGUGGUGCAAUAACUCCAUAAAAAAUUCGUAUAUCAAUCCAGUUUUCUUUCCUAACAUUUUCAUGGUAUUCAUCACAAAUCCAUAACAAGAAACUCCUGAAAGAAUGCGUGUACCACUGUUUUGUCGAAAUUACAACCUUUAUUUCAACAACAGA